UUUCUUUAAUUUCUCUUUCAUCUUCCCCAAACCCUCAACUAUUCCUUCAUUUCCUCCAAACCCUUUCCACCAAAAACCAUAAUUUUCAUCCCACGAGAAGAAAAAUCAAAUCUUGGCUAUACUUUUAAUUUGAUCUGUUGUUAUAUUGGAUCAUGGAAAUGGCCAAGAAACAAAACAACCUUAAUGAUGAGAUUAAGCAAUUAGAGUUAGCAGAAGUCCAUGAUGUCGAAAGACAAGAACAAAAUGGGCAUCUUGAGGUUGAGGUGGCCGUCGUGGAUUACUCCAAGAGGGCACAGUGGCUGAGAGCCGCCGUGCUGGGGGCGAACGACGGGCUGCUCUCCGUCGCGUCGCUCAUGAUGGGCGUCGGCGCGUUCAGAUCCGACGUCAAGAUCAUGAUCCUCACCGGCAUCGCCGGGCUGGUGGCCGGCGCGUGCAGCAUGGCGCUGGGCGAGUACGUGUCCGUGUACGCGCAGUACGACAUAGAGGCGGCGCAGAUGAAGCGGGAACGCGGCGGUGACGGCCGGAAAAGCGAGGAGGAGGAGGAUAGGCUGCCUAGUCCGAUGAAGGCGGCGGUGGCGUCGGCGGUGGCUUUUGCGGUGGGAGCGGCGGUGCCGCUGGUGGCGGCGGCGUUUAUAACGAACUAUAAAGUGCGGCUGGCGGCGGUGGUGGCGGCGUCUAGUUUGGCUUUGAUAGUUUUUGGUGCUUUGGGGGCUUAUCUUGGGAAGGCACCUCUUGUUAAAUCCUCUUUGAGGGUUUUGAUUGGAGGGUUAGUGGCCAUGGGAAUCACUUUUGGACUGUCUAAACUAGUUGGUUCUGCGGGGUUAUAAGUUAUAACUAGUUUCGAUCUUUUGGACACAUCUUAACUAAUUAAUUCAAAUGAAAUUUGUCAGGAGAUUGAAAAUCUUGAACGAAUGUUUAGAGUUGAGGUGAAAUUGUAGAAUUUUAAGUUAUAUGAUGAGAUAUUAAUUACUUUGGUCUUACAUAUUUUAUAUAAUUAGUAGAAUUGAAACUACAUCAUAUCGUGUCGUAGGUGUGGCUUUUGUAUUGUCGUUUAGUCUUCUGAUCUUGGUUGCAUAUUUGUCCUGCAAGCAGGAGCUAGAUAUGCUGCAAGCAGGAGCUAGAUAUGCACUAACUAUGAAUGAAUGAAAUGUAAGAUUGGUUAUA